AGGAAAUAUGGAGCAAAUCAGCGAAUGCCUCUGCCGCUACAGAGACUUCAACUUUGUCAUGGGGGAGUAUACCUCUGCAGAGCACAUCGACUCCCUGCAGAGCUUUGAGAUACGAGACAGCGAUAUCUUCCUGGCCACUUAUCCAAAGUCAGGUAAGAGACGGACUCUAAAACACAGAAUUACACUGUUUGCUCUUUGCUGAGAGCAGGAGGAUCAACUUUUUCACCUUUGUCCCUUCUCAGGCACCAUAUGGACUCAGCAGAUCAUCAUUUCUAUCUGUGAGGUCAAUGGAGGUCUGAAUGAGUAUCCAAACAACAUGAGGCAGAUGCCGUGGUUGGAGUACCAUAUAAAAAGUGACGACUUCUCUCUACGCCCGUCUCCUCGACUCUUCUCCACCCACCUCACACCAGCUCUCCUGCCUCCGGGACUAAAGGACAAGAGGGCAAAGGUCAGAGAUCCCUGAGAGCUUGUCAUGUGUACUGUUACAGAUUACUGGGAAAAAGUGGACUGGUCCUUUAAGUUUGGGACAGUAGAGAGAUGAGCAUGUGUUGGUUUGUUUUUUAUACAUCAGGUUAUUUACGUGAUGAGGAACCCCAAAGACAACAUCGUCUCCUUUUAUCACUUCAGCUCCACCUGCGGUUACAUGCCGACCCCGCAGAGCUUUGAGACAUUUUUGGAGGAUUACCUGGAUGGUAAAGGUGAGGCAUUAUCAGUCUGUAACUCAGGUAUCAGUCUUUAAGACAGGUAUCACAGACAAAUUUUAACCUCUGACACUGGGGGUCAGUUUUAGCAUCCUCCUGGUUCGAUCACAUCAGAGAGUGGCACACAAAGAAAGAGCAGUACAACAUCCUCUUCCUCACCUAUGAAGACAUGAUCCUGGUAGGAAAAAUCAAAGUUUAAUAGAAAACUACAUAAACCAAAGAUAAACUUGUUGGCUCAAAAUGAAAUUCAAAUACAGAAUGAAUUCUUCUGCUGUCUGUCUUUUAGGACCUGAAGAGUGCAGUGACUAAGAUCUGCACUUUUCUGGGUAAAAACCUGAGUGAGGCAGAAAUUGAGCAGGUUGUCGAAAAAUCUACAUUUAACGUCAUGAAGAACGACUUGAAGGCAAACUAUGAGUUCCUCCCUGACACUAUUGUCCAGAAGGGAGCGUACAUGCGCAAAGGUACAAGAAUGCACUACAAACACAUAAAAACGUUCAGGUGUUUUUUUUCUUUUUCCAAUUUUUCUCUCUUUUUUUCUACUCCAGGUAAGAUUGGAGACUGGAAAAACACCUUUACAGCCGAUCAGAGUGAAAGAGUGGAUCAACUGCUUCAGGAGCGACUCGGAGAUCUGUCUCUGAACUUCAUCUGGGAAUAA